UAAAAGACCAGAGAGAAAAAAGAGAACUCAGAGGAUCCGGUUGGGGAGAUCUACUCAGAAAGGGAAGGCCACUUGGGGAAUUUGUUCCAAGGGAUCUGUGACUCCUGGCAAAGAUGCAGCCCUGCCAGCAGACAGUGGGAUACCUCAUCCUGACACUUCUGCUCCUCUGGCAGCCCAGGAGAGCCUUCCAGGCACAGGGCAUGCAAGAGCAGCCCCUUGACCCCGCGCUCGGCCCUGGCCCAGGACGGCUUCCUCCUUCCAGGGAAGAGAAGUCCACGACUGACCUGGUGGCCAAAAUGUUAUUCCUGAACGAACUGGUGUCCUUGGAGAACGACGUCUUUGAGACCAAGAAGAAGAGAAGCUUCACUGGAUUUGGUUCACCCCUCGACAGGCUUUCAAAGGGCCUGAAGACCAAGCAGAGGAAAGUCGUGCCGCUGCCAAAGAAGCGGUUUGGACUUCCUCUGGACCGGAUCGGCGUGAAUCGCCUGAGCAGCUCCAGAGCUUAGGAGAAGCAGAUUCCCGCCUCCUGGAAGGUCCCCCCAGGCCUGGAGAAAGAACCGCUCUGCUCCCCCCAACCCAUUUCUUCCCAAAGACGUUGCAAUUAAGGGAACCUUUUGUUAAGCUGCUUCCUCUGUAGUUCUUUGCCCAGUAUUUCUGGCUAAUUUCGUUCUGUUCACUGACGCUCUGUCCUCCUGAUAAACAGGCACAGAAAGGCUCUUUGUGUGUGUGUGUGUGUGUGUGUGUGUGUGUGUGUGUGUACAUGUACUAUAUAAGAAUUGCAUUGCAUGCCAUUGACAAUAAAAUAAAAGGAUGACUUUAGGCA